UGAGCGUGUGCCCAGGCAACACACACACAUACCAUCGCUCUCUUCUCCCUCUCCCCCUCUCUCUCUCUCUCUGGCGUGCACUGUAGGGGGUGGGAGCUGAUGGUUUAUUGAUGGGGAGUCUGCGUUAGUGUGUGUGCUACUGGGAGAGACCAUUGGGGAAAGAUAGGGUACAGUAUUGACACUAGGAGAGAUAGGGACUGCUCUGCCACUGGGACAGACAGGCUAGAGACCAGUACUGGGAGAGAGCGAGAACUCUGACAGAGGGACCAUGCUGUAGGGUAGAGCAGUGGAUGUGGCUGCUCUGCACCGGGGCUAUCCAGGCACAAUCUACUCUCACUACCAGCUCGAGGCGCUGAAACAGCAGAAUUCCAAAUUCCAGGAAGAACUCAGUCUCUCGCAGGAGCGGAGCAGCACGCAAAACCAGCGCAUCGGAAAUCUGUGCAAGGAAAUUGAGGAACUGAAGCUGAACAGUCAUAAGUCUCAGUACCAGCAAGACAUGAAAGACAGGGAAACUCUAUCCAACCAGGAGACAGGGGAGGAGAGAAACUUCCAGAAGACAGAUAAGGACAAGGAGCUGGAGACUCUGAGGAAUGAGAUUGUGGUGCUGCGAGGUGAGAACGUCAUGGCCAAGACGCUGCAGUCUGCCGUUGAGGCGCUGGAGAGAGACAAGGCCCAACUACAGGGAUGUGUCACCAGCCUGGAGCAGAGGCUCAUGGGACAGCAGGCCUCCAAGGGAGGGGACAGUGGAAUGCCUUCCUCAGGUGAUGCAGUUCUGGACCAGCUGAGAGAAGAGAAGGAGUUUGCAGAGGGACAGAUUAACUUCCUGAACAGUGUGAUUGUGGACCUGCAGAGGAAGAACGAGGAGUUGAAGGUGAAGUUGAAGAAGAUGGUUCUGGCUGAGUUCAACGGCAAUGACGGCACUGACGGUUUGGAAGAGUGUGGAUCUAAGAAGGACAAGAAGGCUCCUCCUCGUCUGUUCUGUGAUAUCUGUGACUGUUUCGACCUCCAUGACACCGAAGACUGUCCGACCCAGGCCCAGAGCCCUGACUCAGUGCCCCACUCUUCCUUCAAGGGCAAGCCAGCCGACCAGCGGCCGUACUGCGACAUCUGUGAGGCCUUUGGUCAUUCCACAGAGUCCUGCCAAGAUGAUCAGACCUUCUAGACUCUCAUCCAUAGUAUCCCACCCCUGCCCUGCACAGACUGCCAAACACCGACCAGACUCCCUCUGGGUUUUUAUAUCGUAUUUAUGUAUGUCACUCACUGUCAUAGUCCCCUUAGGUAACUCAAAAUCCCCCGCUACCUAAGACUCUCCUAUGACUUAUACUACUUCCUCUCACAAAUGUUUCUCUCCUCCCUCACCAACUCUUCUCUCCUCUCUAACUCUCCUCCCUCACCAACUCACCUUUCCUCGCUCUCCUCUCUAACUCUCCUCCCUCACCAACUCUCCUUUCCUCGCUCUCCUCUAACUCUCCUUCCUCACCAACUCUCCUCUCCUCUCUAACUCUCCUCCCUCACCAACUCUCCUUUCCUCAGUCUCCUCUCUAACUCUCCUUCCUCACCAACUCUCCCUCCUCCCUCACCAACUCUCCUUUCCUCGCUCUCCUCCCUCUAACCCCCCCUCUCCUCUCUAACUCUCCCCCCUCCCUCUCUCUAACUCUCCCCCUCCCUCUCUCUCUAUCCCCCUCUCUCUCUCCCCCUCUCUCUAACUCUCUCCCUCUCUCUAACUCUCCCCCUCCCUCUCCUCUCUAACUCUCCUCCCUCUCUCUAACUCGCCCCCUUCCUCUCUCUAACUCUCCCCCUCCCUCUCUCCAACUCUCCGCCCUCCCACUCUCCAACUC